AAUUUUAGCUCAUUUAUCAGAAAUUAUCUCGUGCUAUAAAAAAUGCGAAGAACAUUUUGUAUGAGUCUCCCACUUAAAGGAUAAAAGUAAACUUGAGAAAUACAAACAGUCCUGACUGAAACAGGACAACGCUGGGUUUUUAUCAUGUGAUCGCGAUAAUCAAACCAUUCAACAGAUCGUUCAGUAAUCACACAGGUGGGGCAUUCAUUGCAAGUUGGAAAUUCGCUUUAAAUUAUGAUAUAAAGCAGAUCGUGAUGAGUCGAACAGGAGGACGGGUUAAACUAGGAGUGCUUGUCUUCAUUUUUCUGGUCGUCUGUGUUGUCACCGCGAUUGUGACAUGGCAUUUCACCAAACGUUCGUUCGAAGACGACAACCCAUCGAAUUCAAGUCCACAUAGAUCCCCAUUUCAAAUGCAACUUGGUGACUCUAUCUUCAAAGACGACAUGAUAAUUUCAAUCAAAAGAAAUACUUUCACAGUUCUAUCAGGACAACUAUGGGACGAUGUGUCACGUGCGAAUGUAAGCCAGUGGACAAAGACGAAUGAUAGGAUGGGGAAUAUAAACUGGCCACGUGACAGGAAGGUGGAGUUGACCUACACAGAAGAGGGUGGCGUUCCUUGCUAUCACUUUAACUGGCAGGUAAUAGUCGGGAUGGAGACGGUGUUGACAGACUGCUGGGACAUAGGAGACGAGCACUGGUAUGGAGGAUUUGAAGACUACUAUCAACCAUGGCCUUUUGAGAAAAUGUCAAGAAACAUGUCGCCUUUUGUUACAUACGAUUCAUAUCAAAAGCAACUCGGUGGUGUGCAGGAGAGAUAUUUCAUAACUUCUAAAGGAGUUGGUAUCUAUAUAGAAGAGAAUGUGCCUUUAUUUAUUAGCAUCAAUGCCUCAAACGACAGAAAAUUUUGUCUACAGGCAAAAUACGAGAAACACCCUUAUCAAAACUACAAGAGAAAUCUUCCCGUGCUUAAGUACCAUAUCUGUGUGUCUACAGAUGUUAAAUUAAUCCAUGACUUUAUGAUAAGGACUUUUAUCAAACUUCGCCCAACAGCUAUCCCAGAUGAAAUGAUGUUCCGUAAACCUAUAUGGUCAACAUGGGCACAAUAUCACAAGGAAAUCAACCAAUCUUUGGUCAUGGAGUUUGCAAACAAUAUCAUCAAAAACAAUUUCACUCACUCUCAGUUAGAAAUUGACGAUGACUGGACACCAAAGUAUGGAGACAUGGACUUUAAUGUCGCAAAGUUUCCAAAUGCAAAGGAGAUGGUGAAACAGUUGAAUGACAUCGGAUUCCGCGUCACCGUUUGGCUGCAUCCUUUCUUUAACAUCGAUUCAAACGCAUUUUUGGAAGCAGCAUCAAAUCUCUUUUUGAUAAAACAGUUUGAAUCCCCACAACCUGGAUUGGUCUCUUGGUGGGAUGGUAAGCUCGCUGGAAUAAUCGAUGUAACGAACCCAAAAGCUGUGGAAUGGUAUCUGAACAAAACGACGUUUCUUCAACAAACGUACAAUAUAAGCUCGUUCAAAUUUGAUGCGGGUGAAGUGAAUUGGCUUCCCCUGGUUUAUUCUGCAGAAUUGGAUAUUCCCAAUGAAUACACCAAACAGUGGGCAAAACUCGCUUAUGAAUCCGAUUCGAGGAUUCGUCACCAAGAAGUACGGGUUGGCUGUAGGAGUCAGGAUUUACCCAUCUUUGUCAGAAUGCUCGAUAAAGACAGCAAUUGGGAUUAUACAAAUGGACUAAAAACUUUGAUUCCUACAGCGUUGACUUUCGGUAUUCUGGGAUAUCCUUUUAUACUUCCGGAUAUGAUUGGCGGGAACGCAUACCAUACUAAUCCAGAGAGAGAACUCUACAUCCGCUGGAUGCAAGCCAAUGCCUUUUUGCCAUCGCUGCAGUUAUCCAUAGUUCCAUGGCAGUAUGAUGAAGAAGUGAUAAACCUGACCCGCCAAUACAUUCAACUUCACGAUGAUUAUACAGAUACCAUUCUUACACUUGCGAGAGAAGCCAUUAACACAGGGGCUCCAAUAAUCAGACCCUUGUGGUGGAUAGCACCACUUGAUGAGGUAGCAUUGACAAUUGAUUCAGAAUUUCUUCUCGGAGACGAUAUCCUUGUGGCCCCAGUUCUAGAAAGGGGUGCAGUGUCACGUGAUGUGUACUUACCUGGGGGACAAUGGAAAGAUCAGCUGAGGGGGGAUAUUAAACAAGGAGGCUGGUACAGGAAUUAUAUGGCUAAACUUCACGAACUUCCCUAUUUCACAAAGCAAAGCUAGAUUCAUUGAACUUGGCAACAGCAUUGUACACAUAGUGAAUUUUUCAUGUCUAAAAUCAUACAAACCCAAGAUUCUAUACAAAAGUCGUUCCUAGUCUUCAUCAAAGAUUUAUGUGUGCAAUGUACUGAUUUCUGGAUUCUAAUUAAAACUACAUAUUGAAAUUAUA